CUCCCAGUCAGAGAAGAGGAGCUGCUCACUCCAGCCAGAGAAACUCAGCAUUUACGUAUUAAUGGCAGCAGCAGUACGAGUCUGCGCUUGCUUCCUCCUCGUGGGGCUUGUUAUUGAGUCAAAUGGAAAGACUCCAGAUGUCCAGAUAACCUGUCUGUUUUCUGAGAACUGCAUCCUGCCCUGUAGCUUUAAACCCACCGGUGGUGAGGAGGUCCAGUGGUUUAGGCAAGAUGCUGUGGUCUACAGCCAUCCACAGAGUAUUGACCAGCCCAGUGAGCAGUUAGAAGGCAGGACAUCAAUGUCCACCCAGCAGCUUGCCCUUGGCAAUGCCUCUCUACUCCUGCAGCGCUGUGGGCCGCAGGACAGGGGACGCUACAGGUGCCGAGUGGUCAAGGGCAAAGAGGAGAAUCAGUCCUUUGUCAUAAUGAAAGUGGAAGCCCAUAUCCACUCAGUGAAUAUAGACAUCACUCGUCUAAGCGGCUUUGAAGAGGUAAAGUGCUCCACUCAGGACGUCUACCCUGCUCCUCGUGUGACAUGGUCUACUGAACCACCCACACCUUCAGACAAACUGAGACCCCUUACCCGCAUAAUGGCCAACAAACAGGGCUUGUACACAGUGGAGAGCAAACUGAAGAGACUGAAAGGUCUCUCCAACUUCACCUACAUCUGCACCAUCAACUCAUCUUACUCAGCUCGGACCUGGAGAACAUCACUGAAGGAGACAGUCGUCAACGACGUUAUCCUCACAUUGAAAACAUACUCAUUCCUUGAGUGGGCAGAAAUCAACUCUGCUGAGGGUAAGGACCUCACCAUUCCUUGCAAGGCACCAUGGAUCAUGCAAAACUUCACUUUGACCUGGACCUUCAAACUGACCACGGCAAACGAGACCACUGUCAUCUGCACUUACGACAGCGAGACGCAGCUAAUGUCCAACCAGUGGAAGGGCAGGGCCAGGGUGGAUGGCAGGACAAUGCAGACGGGGGAUGCAUCCCUACAGCUCCUCAACCCUCAGAGUGUGGAGCACACGGGCACGUACACCUGCAUCAUCACAGGCCUGCAGAGGAGACACGAAGGACAGACGGUGGUCAACGUCACUUCACCUGCACGUGAAAGCGAGAGGAUGGAGGUGAAAAUGGAGAGCUCUACACUGUGGUGGGUUCCUGCUGUCGUAAUCGGCUUGCUUGCUAUCACUGCAGCAUUUAUAGUAGGAAUACUGAAGCUAACAGAUGACUGUUCACGUUCAAAUAAUGCUCGAGAGGCCAGAGAUUCACAUCAGGUUCGAGUGACUCUUAAAGACAGUGAAGCUGUAUCUGAAGGCAGCCAUUUAACAGCUGAUCCAACCAACGAGCAAGAAGUGAAAGAUGUGCACUAAAGCAGCACCAGGGUUGAAUUGUCCUCCAUCUCAGACUGUCACAUUCUAAAGGGAAACACCAGAUAAGAAAACAGAAGGAUCCACAAAAUCAAUUUCAUGUGCACAGGCUUCUCUUUUCACAUUUUAUCUUUGGACUUCAAACUUGGACAUUAUAAGUGCCAUAAUGCUCCUCCUAUUAUCACUAAAAAAGACAUGCAGUGACGCUGAUGUAAAACACGGGUCCUAUGAAACAUCAGCUGUUUGACUGCUAAUGGCUCCCCCUAGUGGAGCCUGCUAAAUGUGAGUGAGUGAAUGAGGGCGCUACAAGCAUAGUCAAUGAGGACUUUUAAGAUGCAUUAUAACACAUCUAAAAUAUUCACAGAGCAAAAUAUUAGUCAAAAUACAUCAGUGGCAACAUUUCACAAACAAAAUAUGUUAUAGUAGAAUAAUGUCACAAAUGCUAAAAAAAUCUUCUGUUUGUUAUGGGAAAGCUAGCUAGUUGUGGUCAUCCCAUCUGGAGUCUGUGGUGCCCCCCCAUUCCAAGCUGGUAGGGACGGGAAAUAUGACAAUUUUAUCAUUAUUAUAAUCGAUGUUACAAUAUGUAGUAGUAUAUUGUGUAUAAUGUCAGAAAAUAAUAAUCACUAAGCAACAGUAAGUGUAAUUACAAAGAAUGCAUAAUUAGUGCUGUUAAAUUGGAUUUAGGGCAGGGGGCACUGAGACGAGCCCUUUUCAAACAUGAGGUGCACCACAUUUGUAAACACAAGACAGCAAAUAAGACAGAUAAUAUGAAAGACAGAUGACCCAUAAAUUCUGAACUGACCGCUCUCUGACUCCCAGCUCUCCACUCAUUUUCCUGUUUGUAAAAACAUUAACCCAGAAAAAAAAACACAGACAUCGAUGUUAAUGACCCUCUAGAACCGCCCAUCACUGAUUAAAAAGGCCAUCAUUAGAGGACUGAAAGGAGGUGAUGAUUCUAGGGGAUCAUAGUUUGAGGGGGGCACCCAGUAGGAUGAGUGCAUUAUCAAUCCUAGGCCAGAUGUUCUCAUGAAUUUCAAAAGCAUUUACAGGGGUCCUCAAACAGAUUUGACAUGUGGCCACACUUCAUUUUCACAUGGCAUCAGAGUGAAAAUCUGAUAAAUGAAUGUUUAUGCGCUGUUCUAAAAAAUCGAAGAGCUCUUGUAUAGGUUGAUUGACACAACAUGUCAAAAUUUCAUCUGAAAUCCUAAUAAUAAUUAUUAUUUUGUGAAAAUAAAGCAACAUUUUUGAGAAA